AGGUCAUUUUCAUAGGCGUUUCAUCUGUUGAAUGUGUUCAUGCAUUAAUUAAAUUGUUCAUUAUUUCAGCAAGAAUGAUGAUAUAAGUCAAGCACAGACAUUGGAGGGACCUAGUGGACUAAAACUUGUUGUCUCCGUUGAAAAGGGCGAGGUACAGUUAUCCUUUUUUUCAGUAGCAUGUACGUCAUUCAAUCACAUGACCACAACACCUCAAGUCAUUGGAGCUCUUGCAAACGCAAAUGACGAUCCAUUCAAACCAAAAAUGGAAUGUCCAACCUGCGGAUUGGUUCUAUAUCGGCACAAUUUUUCCACACAUUACCGGAUUCAUACUGGCGAGCUUCCAUUUGCUUGUGAAUAUUGUUCGAGAAGAUUUAGGUCAAGUUCAUCGUUGAAGGUUCACGUUCGAGCGCACACAGGUGAAAAACCGUAUGUAUGCCCAUCCUGUGGUUAUUCAACUAUAACAAAACGUAACUUGGAUCGUCACAUCGAAAAUCAUCACGUCCGAAUGGGUGGUUCCAAAGGUCCUGCGACGAGGAAAAUCCGUAUUCCACCUAAAGACAACUUCAUAUCCUUACCGCGUACUGGUGCUAGAUUCCUUAUACCUAUGAGAUCAGUGACAAAUUUUUCUACUUUUACUUUUGUUUUAUUUAUUUUACGUGGUCCAUCUUCACAUCUAUUGUGUGUAUCCCAGCGUUUCUUGCAUCCGUAUUCUGCGAAUGUCUUUAAACUUUUCACGGGUGGAUUCGGCUGA